AUGUCGACGACAACAUACAUUACUAAACAACGUACAUUUAUUUUUCCACGAGAUAAUGUUACUUUUCAAACUCUUACAGAUUUGUUCUUCAUUCACAAAAAGUAUCGAUCAUGUCCCAAUCUGGACAUAGUUAUUCGUCAACUUAAUUUCGACUUCUAUCAUGAUCUCCUUCCCAUAAUUGCUCAAUGGGCCUCGGACCAUACCCAAUCGAAUCCAGUUAAACCUCUUCAAGCGAAUAUCACUGCUCGUGUCACUUAUACAUCUGCUCAAGCUCGUUAUCUUCUUGCGAAUGCCUUUUUUCUUAAUACAACCAAAGGAUAUGGAAGUAUCGAUUUGAUUGAUCUAUACCACGUACCAUUUGAUCGAGUGGCUAUCGAACGAAUACGAUGUUUGAUCGAAUAUUUCCGUCUUUCAUCACAACAACAAGAUAAGAAUGAUGAUCGAGAAAUUUCGAUCGAACGAUAUUCGUAUGCAGAAGAAUUACCCGAUUGGAAAAAACAAUUGGAUGCAAUUCAGGAAUCAAAAGUAAGUGUGUUUGCCGAACGAAUGGAAGCAUCUGAAGAAGCACAAGGCUUUGUCGAUUUUGCCAAUAAACAGAUUCACAUUCAUUCGAUCACUUCAUCGGCGACACAAGAAGAAAUUCUAUGUAAAAUACUAUUGUCUGAAAUUCUUCUUUCCUCCAAAAAACGUUUAUUUUCCUUUUUCUUAGUUAGCUGCUGUCCUGAAGCAUUUUUGGCUAUUCUGGUAUGUGACACAUUAAGAUCCGAUGAAGUAGUCAUUCUUCGUGGAUGUAAGCGGUUUUCUGAUUACCGUGGUUAUGGUGAAACAUUUCAAUUUGUCGGUCCCUAUGCAAAUCAAAAUCCAACACACAUUCAAGAUAUUCUUAUUAUGGAUGCUUGUUUGUCAAAUCAUUUUAGCCGGUGUCAUAUCGAUCGUGAUUUAGGUAAAGCAUGGGCUGCCUUUGCCAAGGCAAGGGAUGAGAUAAUUGUCACUGGAAAUUGGGGAUGUGGUGUGUUCGGUGGAGAUCCCAUGUUUAAGUUUCUUCAACAAGUAUGUGCCGCAAGUGUGCUCGUUGACACUGUCAAAAAAUUGGACUAUUCAGCCUAUGGCGAUGAUAGAUUAGUGUCCAAAUUAAAAGACUUAAUGAAACAACUGGAAAAGAAGAAAAAGACAGUAGCAGAUGUCUAUCGAAUGAUGAUCAAAUAUGGUGAAAAUGAGAUUAGGUGCUCUUCGAAACCAAUCUUUAGUUACUAUGUCAAUGAAUGGCUCAAUGAUUCGUGA